CAUUCGUAUGGCAGUAAUUGAGGAGAAAAAACACAUACAAAACAUUGAUUGCAUUUUGUAAAUAAUAAAAACACUAAUUAAUAUUAUUAAAUUGGAUUAAGAUACCACAUUCGGGAUAAUUCGACAGAAUAUUAAAAAAAGAAUAUAGCAACGUUGUGUGUGAGAUUGUUAUAAUUCACCAUGGAUCGGGCUUCGAUUUAUUUCAUGGAUGAAACUCAGCGUAACACCUAUGACUACGAUGAAGAUUUGCCACCGCUGCCACUUCCUGAUUUACGUGACACUAUGGAGAGAUACUAUGAGAGCAUAAAGCCAUUUGGCAACGAUGAGGAAUUGGCGAAUGCUCGUAAAGCUAUAGCAGAGUUCGAGAAUGGAAUUGGUGCACAGUUACAUGCAAAAUUGAAAGAUAGAGCUUCGAAAAUGAAAAACUGGCUAGACAAGUGGUGGGAUGAUUAUGCUUAUCACUUGUUAAGAUUGCCUUUGAAUCCCUACAUUGUCAUGGCUAUGCCAAUUAAGUUAGAAGUAUUAAAUAUACCGGAAACACCAGAAUGUGCAUUGAAAAACUUUGCCAGAAUUACAUAUCAUACCAUAGAGUUCUGGGAUUUGCUGCACAAGGCCACAAUUAAACCAUUGUCUUCAAAUGGUGGUAAAAUCAAAUAUUCCUCUGCUCUAUACAAACGAUUUUUUUCCACAUCUCGAAUUCCGGGCGAGGAAAUCGAUCAUAUUGAGAAACACUUUAAGACUGUAACUGAGGGUCCGACUCCCACCCACGCCUUGAUUUCUGGCAAAGGACGUUUAUUCAUGUUCGAUUGUUUACAUAAAGAUGGAUCAUUGAUAACGCCACAAGAAAUAUUGGUGGUUAUGCAGAGAGUAAGAAGUACUAUCGAUUAUGAGCCAAUGGGGGAUUGCGUUCCUGUCCUAACGCAUGAUGAUCGUACAGGUUGGGCAAAGAAUCGUACACGUCUAUUGGAACUAUCACCGCACAAUAAGGACACCUUGAAAUGGGUUGAAAGUUCCAGUAUUGUGGUGGUGUUCGAUGAAAAUGAACCAAAGGAUUAUGCGGAAAUAUCACAAUAUGCCAUUAACGGCGAUUACCACUCCAAAUGGGGAGAUCGUAGCAGUACAUUAAUAGGUUACAAAAAUGGUAAAUUUGCCUGCGUGGGAGAGCAUUCCUGUUAUGAUGGUACAGUGAGUGUUAGCUAUGCUAUGUUCAUUCAGCUAAGUCUUUACGAGGUUCCUGAGCCCGACUGGUCUGAACAGGAAAAAAUAUCUAUUUUCGGUAUAACCGAACUGCUAUUUGAUUUGGAUGGAACUUUGAAAUCGGAAAUAGAACGUGUUAAACAGGAUUGCGAGGAUCGAAGAACUGAUGUUUUGGUAACUCAUGAAGUAUUCCACGAUUACGGCAAGGACUAUAUAAAAUCAUGUAAAUUACAUCCAGAUUCUUUUGUGCAAGUACUAAUGCAGCUGGCCUAUUGUGAAAUGCAUAACGAAAUUGCUCCGGUAUAUGAAACAGCACUUAUGCGGCACUUCUAUAAGGGCCGUACAGAAACCUUGCGUUCUUGUACCAGCGAAGUCUUUAAAUUCCUUCAAAUAGCCCGUAAUAAAGAAUCAUCGGCGGCAGCUAUAGUUGAUGCUUUUCGUAAAGCUGUCAAUCAUCACAACCAUAUGAUGAAUGAAGCCCGCAAAGGCCAUGGCGUGGAUCGUCAUCUCUUUGGUCUUUGGUGUAUAGCAUACGAGAACAAAAUGGACAUUCCGGAUUUCUUUUCGGAACCAAUGUACACAAAAUCUGGCGGCGGUGGUAAUUUUGUUCUAUCUACUAGCACAUUGGGUUACUCUGUGAAUGUUGGUUAUGUGGCACCUAUGGUUUUAGACGGCUAUGGUAUUUUCUAUACCAUUACAUCAGAAUGCAUUUUCCUUCAAAGUACCUCAUUCCGUAACAGUAUGAAAACAAGUGGACAUAAAUUCAAUCAACAUUUCAUGGAUGCAUUCCGUAGGAUGAAAAAUCUUUUAGACGAGUGUGCCGACUCAAAGUUGUAACACUGUAUUGAUGUUUUUUUCUGUUAUAAAAGUUAUAAGUUUAUUAAUAAGUAAUAGGUGCCGUGCAAUUGAUAAAAAUUUUACAAUAAUUUUAUAUAAAUACAAUAAAAUUUUAUGAAAAUCCGUA